UUCUUACACCAUGUACCUUGUUAAAAUCGUCCCUUUUUUCCUCCUCUCUUUGAAACCAUUUUCACCAAUAGCCUAAUAUCCAUGGCCAACCUAAACAUCCUCUUCAAGAUAUAUACACUUGUUCUAUCAAUCUUCCUCUUCUCUUUCACCAUUUCCUCAACUUCAAUCCAUGACCUUCUUAGAAGUAGGGGACUUCCAGCUGGACUAUUUCCAAAAAAUGCUGUAAAAUCAUAUGAUCUUGAUGAAAAUGGCCAUCUUCAAGUCUACUUGGAUAGUCCAUGUGUUGCAAAAUUUGAGACAAGAGUAUUUUUUGAUAGUGUUGUAAGAGCUAAUCUUAGCUAUGGUGGGCUAAUUGGAGUUGAAGGUCUUUCUCAAGAAGAACUUUUUCUUUGGUUGCCAGUGAAAGACAUCAUAGUUUAUGAUCCUUCUUCUGGUCUCAUCUUGUUUGACAUUGGUCUUGCUCAUAAACAAAUGUCCCUUUCUCUCUUUGAAGAGCCCCCUAUUUGUAGUCCUCGAGGAAAUGCAGGUGCGUUAAUGGAGAAGAAAGGAAGAAAGGAGUCUGGAUUUCAGAUUGAAAGAUAUAAAAAACUUCCAAUCAGUGGAAUCUGAUAAUGCUUUCCGUUUUGCUGGCUGUGUUCUUUCAUUUUGGCUUUGAUUGAUGAAGGCUUGAAGCUUCAAAAAAGAGAAGUGCAAUGAGAUUCUCAUUUAGGUGCUUGUAGGGUUGUAUAAAAGUGGAAACUAACAGUAUAAAGUUUUGGAAAGAGAAACUGAGAAAAUUUUGAAUUCUUCUUUUUUUAAUAAUCCUUGCCUGUUGAAAAUUGAUAUUCUAUGAGUCAUGAAUUACCAAAAGCAGAGAAAUAUAAUAUCGUGUGAGCAUAUAUAGUA